AUGUGUUCGGAAACAAGUCCUCGGGUGUCGUUUUCGCAUGAUCUAAUCCAAGCAACGACAGAACCGAGUGAAUCUCGAAGGGACACAAUGCUGUUGAAGCCCUGUCCGGAUUUCGAGUUCAGCAUUUGCAGCAGCAUCAACUUCGAGCAACAAUAUUCAUCGGCAGAUGAAUUGUUUGCAAACGGAAUGAUACUUCCAAAAGUGGUCAAAAAAUGUGAAGCUCCAUCGGUUGCUUCGCUUCCUCCACGGCCUAAAUCAUCGUCGUCGUCGGUCGAGGUUCGGAUCAAGGACAUGGAAGAAAAGACGCAGCCCAAGUCGUUUUGGGGUUUCAAGAGAAGUAGCAGCCUCAACUGUGACAAAAAGAAGAGCUUGAUUUGCUCUAUACCGCUUCUUUCGCGAAGCAAUUCGACCGGCUCAUUCGCCAAUCCGAAACGAUCGUCGUCUAUAAAAGACGGUAACAAGCAUGGUAAUUCAAUGGCUUAUCAGUUUCCUCAGAAGCCUCCUUUGAAGAAAAACAAUGGGAAUUAUGCAUACGGCAAUGGCGUUCGAAUCAGUCCGGUCUUGAACGUUCCGCCGCCUUACAUCUCGAAAGGGACGGUGAAUCUCUUCGGUUUAGGUUCCUUGUUACGUAAUGGGAAAGCUAAGAAGAGCAGGAAAUGA